AAACAGUGGUCUCAAGCUGCAGCAGGGGAAACCGGGGUUGGAGAUGAGGAGGAACUUUCUAAAUCUGAGGGGGUUCAAGCAGUGAAACAGGCAGCCUGGAAAAAUUGUGGACUCUCCAUCCCUGUAAGUUUUCAAGAGCAUGUUAGACACUUGGCUGGGAUGGUUUAAGUCAGGGCAGGGGGCUGGAUUAAAUGACCUCAUGAGGUCCCAUCCUGCCCUACUUCCCUAUAAUUUUGUGAUCCGCUUAAAAUCCUACCAAAUUCUCAUAUUUCUAUAAAAUAAUGACAAGCAUUUUCAAACAAAAAACGAACAAGAAACCCCACACAGCCAAGCAGCUACAUUAGUUGUAGUUGGAAUGUACUCGUUUUUCACCUAUUUCUGCACAUGCCCAUGACCUCUUCCGAGUGGCACUGUUUUGAGUGAAUUCCUAUCCUGAUGCCUGUAGAAUCUAAUUAUUUAUAUUUUUCUUAUCUCUUAAGGGAACACAUAGAGUUUCACUAUGGGAGCUGUCGUAGUUGAUGAUGGUCCAUCUGGCAUUAAAGCCCCUGAUGGGGGCUGGGGCUGGGCUAUUCUCUUCGGCUGUUUUGUCAUCACAGGAUUCUCCUAUGCCUUUCCUAAGGCAGUUAGUGUCUUCUUUAAAGAGCUAAUCCGGGAGUUUGGUGUUGGAUACAGUGAUACAGCAUGGAUCUCCUCCAUUCUACUGGCUAUGCUUUAUGGAACAGGCCCCCUGUGCAGUGUAUGCGUCAAUCGGUUUGGCUGUCGUCCCGUCAUGCUCGUUGGGGGCCUCUUUGCUUCGCUAGGGAUGGUAACGGCUUCUUUCUGCACCAACAUUAUCCAGCUCUAUCUCACUGCAGGCGUUAUCACUGGUUUGGGUCUGGCACUCAACUUCCAGCCAUCGCUUAUCAUGUUAAAUCGAUACUUUGACAAGCGCCGACCUUUAGCAAAUGGGCUGUCUGCUGCUGGCAGCCCUGUGUUUCUCUGUGCCCUUUCUCCUCUGGGGCAGAUACUACAACAUGAAUAUGGUUGGCGAGGGGGGUUUCUUAUACUGGGUGGGAUGCUGCUCAACUGCUGUGUUUGUGGAGCAUUAAUGAGACCUUUGGAGCCUCCCAAGAAUUCUGAAGUUACCAAAGAAAUUGUUGAGAAAAAAACAAAGAAAAAGCUCCUGGAUUUCAGUGUGUUUAAGGAUAGUGGCUUUGUCAUCUACACUGUGGCUGCCUCCAUCAUGGUGCUGGGCCUCUUUGUGCCGCCAGUGUUUGUGGUGAGCUAUGCCAAGGACCUGAGAUACGAAGACACAAAAGCGGCUUUUCUUUUGACCAUUCUUGGAUUCAUCGAUAUCUUUGCCCGGCCCAUCUGUGGAGUGGUUGCUGGUCUCAAGCAGGUCAGACCACGUUGCGUCUACCUCUUUAGCUUUGCUAUGUUUUUUAAUGGUUUUACAGAUCUCAUGGGAUCCAUGGCUGAUGACUAUGGUGGCUUGGUAGUCUUCUGUAUUUUCUUUGGCAUUUCCUAUGGAAUGGUAGGUGCCCUUCAGUUUGAAGUUCUCAUGGCUAUCGUCGGCACUCAGAAGUUUUCCAGUGCCAUUGGCUUGGUGCUGCUGGCCGAAGCAAUGGCCGUUCUAGUCGGCCCGCCAUCAGCAGGCAAAAUCUUGGAUGCCACGAACAGGUACAUGUUUGUUUUUGUUACUGCUGGAGUUGAAGUUACAGCCUCAGCCCUCGUGCUGGCUUUAGGAAAUUUCUGCUGUAUUAAGAAAAAAUCAGAAGAGCCGCAAACAAAAGAGGAAGCAGCAGAAAGAGAGGAGCUGAACAAAAUGGAAGACAAAACCCCUGAAGAUGCCAAGGUGGACUCGAUCGAAGUGGAACACUUCCUGAAAGAUGAGCCUGAAAGAAAUGGGGAAGUUGUGACCAACCCAGAAACCUGCGUGUGAGUGUGGCAAGAUGAGUGACAAAGUAUUUAGGAAAGAGUCAAAGAAUUUCAACACUAUUUAUUUUAGAAGUAGAACUACCUUAGGGCUGGGCCACUUGCUUUGCUACAUGGAAGCAAACCAGCUCAUAGCAUAUUCUGUAGAAACUGGUUUGUUGGGAAGCCUUUUCUCAGAAAACUUUCUUUCAGUGAGAAGUGAAGCUUUGUGGUUAUAACUUUUAACAAAACUUAAACAGUCAUUGUAAACACAUGUAGAAGUCCUGCUAUGCAUCGCCAGAAAUUUCUCACUUGAAAGAAAAAAAUAUUGUCAUUGAAGAGGAAUGAUGUGUGUUUUUUGUCAACAUGGGUGAAAGUGUUUGUUUGUUUGUUUGCUAUGUGUUGUUCACCUAAAUGCAACUUCCCUUUCUUUGUUCUUUGUCAAACGUGGAGAGCUUGAGAUGGGGGAAAAAUCUCAGGAACUUAUAAGGUCUUGGAAACCUCUUACUUUUUUCAGAUAUUUUUAGAUUAAUUGGCUCAGCCCUAACCUAAUUUUGAUAAUAUGAAUAACUAUUACUUGGGCUUAUGUAAAUGUAUUUAUGU